AUGGCUGAUGUCGCUGAGGCUAUUGCGGCAGCCAUCGCUGCCGCCGCGCCACCGACCAGCCCUCAUAUUAAGAUCGAGUCGUCAGUUGGUGAUGCUAUGGUCUUGGAUCAUUCACCCCAACUCCCACAGUCACCUCUAAAGAGACCGCGAACCCCCGACCAAGAUGGCGACCAAGCUAGAGACGAAAAGCGGCCCAAGAUAGAAAGCGAAGGGGUGAAUGAGAUGGAUGAGAUUGCCCUCCUUGUCCAGCAAGCUCAGGCUGAAGCUAUGCAGCACUUUCAGUCAGAGUCCGACAAGGUUGACGACGCUCCCUCUAAUGAUGCCGAACAUUUCCACGAUAUAUCCAACGAUAUAGCUCAUGAUAUAACCCAUGAUAUACACCACGAUAUAUCGGGAUUAGAUACGGAAUUCGAACCGCGGGCACCUAGCCCUGUCGAUAACCCAGAACCGCGCCCCGAGUCUCUGUGGAGUAACCCUAGAGAUUUUACGCGGCGGAAGCAUAUCAUACCUGCACUUGGGAGCCUAGCUGUCGACAUUAUUACUGCAUGGUCCGAACAAUCCUUAGAGGACACAAUCGCUACUCUAAGCGGCGAUUCAGAUUCAGAUAUCGCGAAAGAAUACGUUUUAUUAAAAAGCGCUUUCGAUGUUCAGCGAAAGCAACUUUCAGAUACGUAUCCAUUAUUAUAUCCAGAACACUUGAACGUCGCGAAUCAGACUCGAGAAGUGAUCAGGAUAGUGAAUCUUGCAACGACAUGCGCAAGUGUCUUUGGCACCAACGAGCUUGGUUUAGAAGAGGUCAACGAUCAUUUCCUACGAAUAUUCGUUCCCGAGAACCACGAAAUACCUCGGGAUGCAGCGGAAUUAUACAUGGGCCUGAAGACUCAGAUUUUCCUUGCCGUUUUAGAAAGUGAACAAGAAAAGGCCAGGGACCAGUUUCUAGACGACCUCUUUAUUACAAGGUUGGAGAGUUCUUUGCAAGAACACCACCCAAGUCUUCCGUUGACGGCUACUGAAUGCGAGUUUAUUGCAAAUGCAAAAGCGCGAAAAGCAAUGCUCCUUAAUGAAUCUGACGACAUGGAUAGUAUUCAGGCGCUUAGCAAACAGUUUACAUAUGAGGCAUUUCUCGAUAAUCUAAGCACGUUUCUGAAUGACCACAUAGAAAGUAUUAGAACUCAAGGUACCGGAAGGGUAGAAACUACAACGCCAAUGGAGGAUAUUGCUCAAGACGAACAUGAAGGCCAAACUUUACACGAGACUUUUGACAUUAACGCUAUGAUUGCUGAGGCCUCAAGGGCAGCACAGAGUGCUUUGGAAACAACUGGAGAAGAGUCUCACGAAUUAGAUGACCUCUCGGCAUUCCUCGCAGAAAAUGUUUCUAAGGCGGUCGAGCAGGCUAAAGAAAGUGCCACAAAUUCAGAACUACCAUCCGCUAUCGCAUCUGCGGCUGAGAGUGCCUCCAGAGCGACUUUAUUAGCUUUACAAAGCAUUCAACAGAACCAGUAUCACCCGACGACACUUCCCCAAGCUCCUGCUCAAACACCCUCGGCCCAACCUCCGAAUCACAACAACUAUCAGGUUCAGCAGACGCAGCAGGCGCAGCCACAGCAACAGUAUUACCAUUACCAGCAACAUCACGCAGCUAAUGGGAUGCCUCCGUAUCAAACAGUCAAUGAUAACCUCCCUCCGAAUCAGAGCGAUUCGACCCCAGCGCUCUAUGAGCGUGCCCGACAAGCGGCAGCAGCACGGUCUUCCACUCAUGCACGACGGGAAGGUUCUCACUCUACUCGACGUCCUUGGAGCCCAGAGGAAGAAAAAGCACUUAUGAUGGGACUUGAUAUGGUCAAAGGCCCUCAUUGGUCGCAAAUAUUAUCCCUCUUUGGACCCAACGGAUCUAUCAGCAAUAUCCUCGCAGACCGUACCCAGGUGCAAUUGAAGGAUAAAGCUAGAAAUUUGAAGUUAUUCUUCCUCAAGACAAAUUCGGAAAUGCCAUACUAUCUUCAAUGCGUUACCGGCGAGCUGAAGACCAGGGCUCCUACGCAGGCUGCUAGAAAGGAGGCUGAGGAGAAAGCAAGACUCAAUUCGGAGGAACAGCAAGCACACAUAAAUGGUAUCUUAACAUUGGCUGGCGGGCUGCAAAACAAUGCUUCAUCGAGACAUAGCCCUUCGGCAGGAGUGCCCAGAAGCGCAACACCCAACCAGCCGUUGUCGCACCCUGGAUCGCAACCAGGAACACCAAGAAUGCCACAUCAACCAAUACAGCAGUCUGUACCAACCCCAUCUUCUCUACCCCGUCCAGUAAUACCCGCACCACAACCGGUCAGCCUCCCCACUUUUACAUCAACGUCUCAUCACCACACUCAACCACAUAUUUCCCAAGCUGAGCGACAUACGACUUCUAUGACAAAUACUCCUACACCUCCAGUGAUGGUUCCGAUGACAACUCAAGCUACUUCUACCAUAUCCCCACCCAUCAUGGCACCGGCAACAACUACUGCCUUAGAAAGCAGUGAGCCAGAGAAGAAUGAACUCAGCAGUGUGGACGCUGCAGUGCUUGGUUUGAGAGCCGCUCUUGAAAGAGAAAGAGAGAGGGAAAGGGAAAGGGAAAAUAACGCCCUAGCUGCUAUUGCCGCUACAGCCUACUCUGAUGAAGGAACAAGACCCUCUACUAAUUCUGCUACACCCGCCGCCACGUCGACUGAAUAG